AUGAAGUCGAUCAGUGCCGUCCUCAUUGCCCUUCUGGCUGCCUCUGUCUCUGCGGGCCCCGUCGUUACCACCGUGACCAUCGCCCUGGCCAACGACCAAACUGGUGCCCAGGGAAGUGCCGCCAUCCCCGCCGACGGCAGCGAACAGAGCAUCUCCGCACUCUACGGAGGUACCGGAGUCGGUUCCGGUGGAGUCGUCAAGGCCUCGUCGGCGCAAUUGACCAACUUCCAGGCGAACACCAACUGCGUGAUCACGAAAUACGGAUCGGUUCUGGCCACCCUGAACUCCCGGAACACCUAUGUGGACUUGGAUGGAAACCCGAGUGCUGCGCAGCCGGUGGAUCUGAGUGCUGCCAGCGUCAAAUGCCAUCACAAUGCAGCCCACAGAGAAACCUUAUCUGGCGGCCAAAGUCAUCCGAGGGCCAUGACUUUCCUGUCCGUCUCCGGAUCCGAGUCCCCGGACAUCUCCUCCGUUGCUCAACCGAGGCAUCAAGGUACUAGUAUGCCGUCAACAGUCAGCACAAAACAAGCAUCAGUUCACUCCGUAAUGCACAAGCAACUACUAGUUCGGCUUAUAUUUCUUGACCUAAAUAUCCCACCUUGCGACCAACUGAUCAACAAGUGGAUGGACUGCUCUCAGCUAAUCCUUGCUUUGUUUGUAGCUCUGCAGCUCCGCAGCGGCGGCUCCAGACCCUUGCAGGUGCCGCUCUCAACCAAGGAUCCGAUGAUGAACAUAUCAGAACCUUAUCUGAGGUUGAGGCAUAGACCUCACGUCAACCCCAUACCUUAUAUACUUCCUAUCACAUCUCGCCAUGGAACCCUACCCCUCAUCCUUGAACCACGCAAUGACCAAACAACCACCAUGAACACCACCACCACCACAGCUAUAGCAUCCUACUACACCCUCCCCCGCGCAGACAGCUACACCGCGAUAUCCCUCAUCUCCAUCUCCACCUUCACCUGUCUCCUGCUCUACUACCUCAUCUUCGACCUCUCCUUCUUCACAACAACAUCCACAUCCACAUCCACAAAACCCCGCCCUCUAGCAAUCCCAACCACCACCCUCCUAACAACAACAACCACCACCCUCCUAACAACAACAACCACCACCCUCCUCUCCAGCACCUUCUGCAUCCUCCUCCUCUUCCACCACACCCGCACACCCACCCGCAUCGCCUCAGCCAUCCUCUUCGUCCUCACCACCACAACAGCCAGCAUCACUAACACCCUCCUCCUCUACUUCUCCCUCCCACUAAUAACAAUCCACCAACGCCCUCAAGCCCACUUCCAGCUCCGGAUUCAACGAAUCCUCCUCUACGUCAUAAUAGCAACCAUCCUACUCUUCCAACUCCCCCACGUGAUCGUCGCUCCCGCCGCAGCCACCCUCUACAAAGACGGCCACUGGACGCACGCAGUCACAAUCCUCUCGCGGAUCUCCGUCACGGCGUACUGCACGCGAGAAAUACUCCUCCUGGCUGUCUAUACCUGGGGUGUGAUCAAAUACCUCCGCCCUGUUAUACACCACUUCCACUAUGAAUCAACCCACCAAGACAGACAACGAAUCCUCUCCACCCUCCUCAUAGCAGGCUGCAUCUCCCUCAUCCUCAACAUAGCCAACAUCGUGGCCGUGUAUACUGUUAACAACGCCGCAGCGAUGGCUUUCUUCCCCUUCGUGGUUAGUACCAAGGUGCUCGUUGAGGGUGUGGCGGUGGGGAGGCUCGUCGGGUUUGUUGGUGCGUCGCGACAGCCGAGGUGUGUGUAUUCGAUUCAUGGGGGUGGUGGUGGUGGUGACUCGAGGAGGGGGAGUGCGCAGCCGCUUAUUACUUCUACUUAUUCUUCUGCGUCGACUAUGUCUGGGGUUCUGGGGGUUGUGGAGACGAAGGAUAGUGUUGGUAGUGACCGGGAUGAAAGUCCUGGGGGUGUCCAGGGGAGGGAUAAAGAGUGGUGGUAUACUAGGAACAGGAUUGGGUCUGUCGAUACGAUUGUGUCUGUGGCGGAGCCGCCGCUGGUUCAUUCGGUGGGCCAUUUGGUGCAGGAGAUGCCGGAUUUAGAGGGUGGUGCUGGUGCUGGUAUAUAUUGUGAUACUAUUAAGGAGUUUUACAUUGGAUGUUUGGGGUAA